UUUUACGGACUUCGAUGUUCUGUUUCUUCUUUUGCCAGCUUCGUAUUUCUCUUCGGAAAAUAGCGAGAGUGCCUUCCUGUUUUUUCGAUCAUUUAUUUUACUAUCUUCUUUUGCCAUCUUCGUAGUUCUUAGGGGAGAAGAAGGUAGAGGAGGGCAAAAACGUUUUUUGAUCAGUUUUUUUAAAAUGUUUAUUCAGUUCUUAGGGUAGAAGAAGAGGGAGGGACAAGGGUUCUAGAUUGGGUUUUGUACGAGGUGAAGGAAGAAGAAAACAGUAGAAGCAGCGGAGGAGAAGGUUGAAGUCAUGUCUUUAGGCUACGCCGAGAAGCUCUCCUACCGGGAGGACAUCGGCACUGUGGGCAUGUCGGAGAUCUUCGACCCUUCCGACAUCCUCCAUCAAAAGAUUGAAGAGCUUGCCUUGAUGGUAAAAGAGAGCAAACAUUUAGUGGCAUUCACAGGAGCUGGGAUUUCUACUUCAAGUGGCAUUCCUGAUUUUCGAGGACCUAAGGGCGUUUGGACUCUUCAGCGUGCAGGCAAGGGGUUGCCUGAAGCAUCACUUCCUUUUGAUCGUGCAAUGCCAAGUUUGACUCAUAUGGCUUUAGUUGAAUUGGAGAGGGUUGGUAUCCUUAAGUUUGUUAUCAGCCAGAAUGUAGAUAGUCUUCAUCUGCGAUCAGGAAUACCUAGAAAAAAGUUAGCUGAAUUGCAUGGAAAUUCCUUUCGGGAAGUUUGCCCUUCUUGUGAAACUGAGUAUGUACGGGAUUUUGAAGUUGAAACCAUUGGGAUGAAAGAGACAUCAAGGCGUUGUUCUGAUACAAACUGUGGUGCAAAGCUUAGGGAUAGUGUUCUUGAUUGGGAGGAUGCUUUGCCCCCUAAAGAGGUGAAUGCUGCUGAGAAUCACUGCAAAACUGCUGACCUUGUAUUGUGUUUAGGGACUAGUUUGCAGAUAAUGCCCGCUUGCAACUUACCUUUGAAAUGCAUCCGAAACAAUGGAAAGAUUGUGAUUGUAAAUCUUCAGGUAUCAAAGUAUCUAGUCAUGCCAACUCCGAAGGAUAAAAAGGCUAGUCUGGUGAUUCAUGGGCUUGUGGAUAAGGUCAUUGCAGGUGUCAUGCUCUUUCUUAAUCUGCGAAUUCCUCCAUAUAUCCGCAUCGACUUUGUUCAGCUUGAUCUGUCUCAUUCGCCAAAAAAGAACACUUACGUCAAAUGGACAAUGAGGAUUAUGAGCAUACAUGGACCUAGAGCUCCAUUACCUUUUCUCAAGUCAGUUGAGAUAUCCUUUCCCGAGAGACCAGAAUUAAAAGCCACCUUCCUAAAUAAGCAGCCAUUUCGUCUGAAAAGGGAGACGGUGAGAAAAAAGCCGUUGAAGAUGCUGCUGAUGUUCCACCUCAGUGAUGGUUGUAGCUUUCCGUACGCAUCCAUGGAAUGGCCCAUUGAUUUCCAGGUUAAGAAAGGAAGCUUUGUCAACGACAAGGAGGAGGUAGUCAGCAGUCUCAAGAGCACGGUCGAAGAGGGAUCUCAGUACGGGCAACAUGCCCUUUUAGAAGGGAAGUUCCUUCCGAGGUCUGAAGCCAUGGUCGUGGCCAUUGCGACGAGCAUUUGUAGGUAUGAAGCCUCCAAAGAAGAGAGCAGUGGACGACCGGAGACGAAGCCUGAUGACUCAUUUCCUUUGAUCAAAAGGCACAGUGAAGCCACCGCGAAUGGCACCAUGGCCACCGAGAAGCGAUUCAAGAGCUCCUAAUUUACCCCCUCCUAGAUGACAAUGGGAUUUUUUGUUUAUCAGCGAUAUGGAUAGAUGUGUGUAACUUUAGAAAAUAGUCUGCCGAUCGACUAGUGUGGCUCCAUUUGGAAGGACACUUGCGGUUACGGAAAUCCUCCCCGAGAUUCGGCCAACCUUUUCGAUGCACUGAAAACUAUCAGCAGAACGAUACGAUACCCGAUGGGCUGGGUGGAUUUUGUAUGCACCACCACCUAGUUUCUAUCUACUACCGAUCUCUGUAGGGAAGUGUCGAAUAACUUAACGUAGAAUGUUUGAUUAUUUUGUAAAUUUUAUAUCGUGUAAUUUAUCAAAAAUAGGCCCUUGUAGUUUCAUCUUCUAUCAGAAUGUAUUUAAUUUCUUUUUCUUCCCA